GCAUUCUGUUAAGUUUUUUUUUGUUUUUUCAAGUCGGAAAAUUUUUUGCCGUGUUCUGAAAAUUUUGAUCUGAGUGGAAACGCGCAAUUUCAGAUCAAAACGGAACUCGCAAUUCGAGUUGGUGAAGAGAUACGCAUUCUAAUCGACACGAAGACAAGAAAACUAAAGCAGAAAAGUGGAAAACUCAAAUGAGUGGUAACAAUGCCAAGGGCCCGUCUGGAUCGACGGCUGGGGCGGGUGGCUUUGGCAGUCACAUACCCAGCAUUGAGGAGAAGAACAAGCAGAUCCAGCAAGAGACCAUGAUGGAGAAAUUGCGGGCGAAAUAUCGCAGUAAACCAAAAUCCUAUGAAGAAAUCAAAAAAUCGGUGCGAAUGUAUUUCAUUGAGAAGCACUACCCUCUCGAUCCGCUGUGCAAGGCCACUUUGCAAGCGGCUUUGGAUAAACUGCAGCAUUAUAUUAAGGUAACAUCCCGUCAUGGCCUGGUUGAGCGUCUGGAGAGUUUGUCACGUCAGUUGGGCCUCAAAUUCAUGGAGGAUCAGCAGCUUUUAUUUAUAUCCACCGAUAUGUUCUAUGUGGAGAUACUCUUAGAUUCCAGUGGCAAUCUAUCGGAUGUCAAAGUGCAUCAUGAGUGUAAAAUUGAGCAGCAAUCCAGUGAAUUGGUCAAUUGCCUUAAAUCGGGCGAUUUUGCUGAUUUCACUGUCCAACUGGAGGGGCUCUCCUCUAUCUAUCAACUGAAUGCCGAACCGAAGGUGAAGAAGAAAGCAUUUGUGGCCUUGCAGGCCAUGGAGACGGAUAUCUAUAAUCUGUAUCAAAUGCAAAAUCAUAAAGGCGAUGAUAGCUAUGAGAUAAUGAAUCAAUCGUCAGUGGGUUUAGUCCUUCAGAGGCGUGGUGGUCAUCCCAUGAAAUUGACCUAUUUCUGCCCGCCCAUCCAUUUACCUGAGUGCAAAGCAGGAGGAGCUUCUCCCACCCAUACCAAUGAGGUUAAUAGUUUGAAUUAUACAAUUGAUCAGGUAAUGAAAAGUAGUCAUGGCCUAAGUGCCACCGUCAAUUUGGAGGGCUCGUCGGCUAAUAAACUGCAAAUAAUGCCAAUUGUGACAUUUCAAAGAGAUGCCCAAUCCGGUAUAGAAGUGCCCACAUACGCCCAACUCAAUCAGAAUAAUUCCAUGCUAAUGCCAGCGACUUAUGUUCUUCGUUUAAAUAAACCCCUGCCCGUCUGCUAUGAGUCAUUGCGUGCUUUGGGUCUGCCCGGUGUUGAUGGCAUGGCCAAUAUAUCAACAUCGGCGUCCACUUCCACAACUGGCUUCUCCUCGUCAACGUCUACGCCGCAAGGGCCAGCUACUACAGUGCUUAACCUCAUUGUUCAGACUGCAUCCAAGCAGGCCAUAAGGAACACACAACGUGGCCUCUAUGUUAAUUUGCCCAAAGAGACGCAUUGCUAUUUCUUUACCGAUAAUCGCAAGUUACAGGGCACAUUAGUGUCCUCUCUGCCCUUCACCGAACCAGCACAGGUGCCCAAAAUUAUGGCAUUCCUCAAGAAGCAGGCUCUCUUCUAUACCCUCCUCUCCAGUUGUGUGCGCGAGCAGCAGAAGCAAUAUAAUGAUAUGGACAGCACUGUAAUUUUGGAAGUGACUGCUGUAUCGUUUAAUCAAAUCACUGUGGAACUCCAACAUCCAUAUGAAGAAUCGCUGGCCACUGUGGAUUUCUUGCUGGAGAAUAAUCAGGUCACCUGUAGCGUCUAUUGCCUGAGCAAUGACUAUGAGGAAUUGUCGCAAAAGCUAACCAGAACCGUGCGUAAAGUAAUCUCCAUACCCAUGGUGAUUUACAAGCUGCUCAAGUGCUGGGAUGAGGAGCAUCAGGUGAAGCUGCAUGGUGGCAUAGCCACGGGUACAAGUGCAGGCGGUGCUGGCGGUGGUGCUGGUGCUGGUUCUGGCCUGGGUGGCCCAAUUGGAGGAGCGGCGAUUGGUUCAAGCGGUACAACUAGCUUUAAUCAAUUUGCCAUGGAUACUUCGACUGGUGGUGGAUUACCAGAUGGUAGCCUGCCUAGUGGUGGCUUCGCCAAUGUCAACAAUCUGAAAAUGGAUGCCAAAGUGCGUUCGCUUGUUGAUGGUUUUGCUGCCUCAACAUCGGCAGCAGCAGCGAUUGCCGGCUUGAUCAAUUUGAAGCGGGAAACUGAUCCUGAGGUCACCGGCGGAAGCAGUAGCAGUGGCGUCGGCGGCGGCAGCGGCAGUACGACAACAACCGGCAGUAGUUCCUCCUCAGGCCAGGUCAAAGCCAGUGAUCAAGAGAUUGCAGAUAAAUAUAAAAAUAUAUGGAAAGAUAAGACACCAAAUCUAAAGCAUUGUGUUAGUAUAACACCCAUACCAGGUGAUGCAAGCAAGACAGGAUCAGGAUCUGCAACAGCAGCAUCAGGGGCAGGCGUCACUCCAAGCGUAGGAGCCAUAACGGGAGGAGGAGCAGCAUCUGCCCAACCAUCAAGUGUCGAGGUUCAACGUACAGGAGGUAUUGAAAUUAUACCUCUCAAUGUCCAGGCGAGUGUCGGAGGCGGCGGCAGCAGUGGCACAGCCAGCUCGAGUGCUGCACCCACAACCAUAACGAUUACACCCAUAACGGGCAAGGAUUCGAGCAAAGAGCCAUCAAAGAAGAGCAGCAGCAGCAGCAGUUCAGGCGGUCCAUCUGGCAGUGGGAGUGUGGCCACCAAAAGGCCACAUGAGAGUAGCAGUAGUAGUGGCUCAUCAUCAUCCUCUUCAAGCAGCAGUGGCUCUUCAUCAUCCUCAACUGGCGGUGGUGGAGGCGGAGGUUCGUCCUCCUCGUCAUCCACAGACACACAAAAAGAGAAGAAGCGCAAAAAGAAACGCGAUGAUUCUCCGAUGGGACCACCAGAGAAAGUCUAUUCACGUCAAAAUUCACCAGCUGCUGGUGGUGAUGCCUCCACAACGAGUGGUGUUGUCCGUAAAUUUUCGUCACCCUCAUCCUCGCCCAAGGCGGGUGGUGCUGGUGGUGGCCUAAUGAGCGGUGUACCACCCACAAGACCAAGUCCUAAACAUUCACCGGUAUAUAGCAGUCCCAAGCAUAAUACUGCCUCGAAUAGUCCCAAAUCUCCGUUUGGUACACAUUCACCCAAACAUGGAUCAUCCGGAAAACCAAGUAUGUCUACACUUAAAAGUGCUGCCACAGCGGCCACCAGUUUGAGUCCCAAGGGUGACAAAUCUUCCGGCUCAUCGGGCUCGACGUCAGUUAGUGGCAGCUCUUCAAGCGUUACAGCGGUUACCUCCACUGGCUCUGGUGGUAAUUCCAGUUUAGUACGUUCAUUUGCCAGUGUAUCAGCACCACCACCGCCGCCACCUGUGCCUCCGUUAAGCAGUAGCCAACAGCAGGCAGCAGCCGCCGCAGCAGCAGCAGCGGCAGUGAGUUCAUCCCUGAAAAAGGAGAAAUCAACAUCGUCUGGUGGUGGAGUGUCGGCCACAUCAUCAGCAGCAACCACAUCGGCUGCCUCAUCAUCAUCAUCAGCUACAGCGUCAUCGUCGUCGUCCUCGGUGACAAAUCCGGCAAAUGUGGUUACACCAGCCAGUGUGGCUGCUGCUGUGGCAGCUCUUAAAACAUCUCAGCAACAGCAGCAAUCGGUGGCCAGCCUAUCCCAUUUGGCUGCCGGUUUCGGUGCACCACCGGGUUCAAUUGGUGGACCAGGCGGACCAGGAGCAGUAGCAGGAGGCGUUGGUGUGGGAACUAGCUCCUCAGGAGCAACAGCAGCUUCUGCUUUGGAGUUGGGUGCUCUACGCAAGGGCAUGGCGGGAGGUGCGGUUAGUUUGAUGACGUCGACGGCAGCUUUAACAACAACACUCCAACCGGGGUCGGUGGCGGCAUCGUCAGCGGGAACAACGGGAGUAACCUCAUCAACAGUGUCGGCAACAGCAGUGCUAGCGGGAAUGGGAGUACCAACAUCAUCAGUGGGCCUGGGUCUGGGAAUGCCAACAACGGGAACGGGAACAACGGCGCCACUAGCAACAUCCACAUCAGCAGCAGCAGCAGCAGCGGCGGCAGUGGCAGCAGCAGUGGGCCAAGUAGCGGGUCUAACGUCCCAAACAAUGGCAGCAUCAACAUUGCUGCAACAUCACCAACAGCAACAGCAACACCAUCAACAGCAGCAGCAGCAACAUCUUCAGCAGCAGCAGCAACUUCAGCAGCAGCAGCAGCAGCAUCAGCAACAUCAUCAGCAACAGCAACAACAUCCACCGGGAACAGUGCCACCUAGUUGCUCUAGCACAUCAAGUGAUGCAGCCAGCCUGCAGGCAGGGGUUGGAGGAGGAGGAGGCGGUGGUGUCUCCAGCAGCGAGUAUAUGGUUAAGCCAAGCAGCCAAGAGGGUCUCAAAUUGACCAUUAAUAAAACUGGCAGCAGUAAGAGCAACCUAAGCUCUGGCUCUGGAGGCGGCAGCACCAGCUCUACAUCGUCAUCCUCCACCACCUCUUCCAUGUCCUCCACAUCCGCCUCUUCAAUUGGAUCCAGCAAGGCGAAGAGCCUCAGUUCGGGAACCUCAUCGACUGGCGGAGGAGGUUCCUCUUCGAGCAGCAGCGGCAGCUCAAGCUCCACCAAGAAACAGCAUACAGGUCUAAAGCCAGGCGUGAAUAGUGGUCCAGCCUCGAAGAAGGCUCACUCCAGUGUCAGUGGUGGCACAAGUGGAACUGGCGGCGGCGGUAGCUCGACUUCAUCAUCAUCAUCGUCGUCGUCGUCCAGCAAGCAUCUCUUUCAGAAGGCCAAUUCAUCGGGCAAUCUUAGUACUAAACUAGGCAGCUCAUCCGUUGGCGGUGGCGGCGGCGGCAGCAGCAGCAGCGGCGGAACGACCAGCGGCGGAGUGCCCCUAACAAAAAGUCACAGCACCAAUUCAUUUCCAGAGCACAGUGGUCCAAGGCGUCGACCCAGCAUGGGUGCAUUGGCCACCAGUGGCUCCGCUGGUGCCAGCGGAUCUCAACGCAAGGCCAGUGGCUCGUCUUCAAUGGGAGGUGGCAGCGGCUCCUCGUCCUCUGGAGCCGUUUCACCAGCCGCUCUUACCGGCUCAAUGUCCCAACCGCCGCCACGAUUUGAUCAUCAUACAGAUAUGAUGACCAUACUCCAAUAUGCUUCGCCCACAAUGGCCGCCAGCAUGGAGGGAUUCAUCAAAGGAUUGCAUAAUAAAUUCCAGAUACCCAAAUUGUCGCAGCGUGCCAGCGGUGGAAGCGGCAGCGCCGGCGCCACUGGCGGCAGCAGUGGCUCCAGUGGUCCAACUGGUGGACGAACUACGCCCAGCACAACGGAGCAAACGUCAACCACAUCGUCAUCAUCAUCAACAGCAGCAACCACAUCGGGAUCCAUUUGUUCUUCAAAUGUUGGGCCAGGCGGUCUUGGUGCUUUGCAAGAGCAACAGCUACAACAGGAGGGACCGAAGCCUCCCCAAGCGGGACCACCACCACCACCACCGCCAUCAUCGUCAUCAACAUCGUCGUCGUCGUCAACAUCUUUGUCAUCAUCAUCAGCCGGUGGGGGAGCAGCACAAUCGGCAACCACAACUGGAGCAACUGGAGCUGCCAGCAGUGCAACAGGAGGCUCUUCCGAUCUACUCUUGAAUCUCAGCAGUUCGGCAACUACAAUGCCCACAAAUGAUGGCAUCGAUGAGGAACUGUUAGCCAGGAUAGCUGGCGAAUGACACCUCGACAAGAAAAUGGAUCCCGAUGAUCUAAUUUUAGUUAAUCUUUCAUCCUACAUACAUCAUAACUAAGUAUUAUAAGCGAUAAUUUGCAUUUGCCAAAAGUAAUUGUUUCUUCCACACAACUUUCCAAUGAACUUUCUCCCAACUCAACUCAACUGAACUCAACCCAUCACAUCUCAAAACGAAAAUACUCGUCGUCAUUUAGGAAAUUAAAUUUCUGACUACUUCUCUUCCAAUUCUCGAAAUAUUCUUCUGCUUCUCAACUCUCCCGAAUUUGAAUAAAUUGACUUGAGUUUUGUUAACAAUUACUUUUAAUGCAAGUGGAAAAAGAUAAAAAAGCAAAUAAAUAUAUUAAUGCAUACAUUUUUUUUUUCUAA